AUGUUAGGUUGCUGUUAUUUGGGAAACUCAAGCCAUUACCCUCAUGUGAUAAUCAUAAGCACGCCUUGUCUGUUGUUGGCGGCAUGGGAUAACAGAGGUGGCUAUUCAACAUUAUCUACUAGUUCUGGAGGGACAUUACAUGGCGCGAAAGUUCCAACGGUGGAUAAUUUGGGUGGAGUAGCAGAAGAGGAUUUUGACAAUUAUAGUAGGGUGGAGGUGGAGCUGCUAUGGGAUAGAGUUAGAUUUUGA